GCUGCUGCUGAUCGUUCGCCAACAAAAUAGAACGCGACCAGUCUUCGUUCAAACGCUAACCGUAGUGGUUUGUAAGUUCGCUUGCUAAAAUCGAAACGAAAGAGUUCUUAGUACUGAGUGACAUUUUUAACGUGCGAUCGGAAGUCGUCUCUCAGUCGCUGAAGUUAAUGUUUACGUUGUGUGUGUUUAUGAGCGCACGUUCAAGGUGAGUGAAAAGCUGGCUUUUUAAGAAAGCAUUUGUGAAUACACAAUACGAAACAUGAACUGGCUGCAACUCGUAACGAUAGCAGCUUUUUUGGCUGUUGGUAGCGUAAAUGCGUUAUCUCUGGACCCAGUGGCUUCCACUGAGCUGGAGCAGUACAUAAAAAAGGGUGACUGUGUGAUAUCAAUGCGUCACAUACGUCCUCGUCGCAAACUACACAUAUCAAUCGAAGCGCUUUUCAUGAUCGAUUUCCCCACACUGAAGCAUAAAUUAUCCUUUUUCCUCGAUCGCAUGCAUCAACGCGUCACCUUGGACGUAACGGCGAAUGGUGUCACCGAAUCGAAACACUUCGAGUUGCCCAACACCAAUGAAACCAGCACAAUUCGAUCAUUGGCCUUGCAUUUCCAUAAGAAUCGCAUAGUCAUGCUGGUGGACUGCAGGGAGAGUUCGGCGCAUGAGUUAGACAUCAGUCUGGCAGAGCUCUAUGCGCAAAUGGAUACAGAUCCGGUUAUAAAGCUGUUUCGGGAGCGCAAGUAUCCUUUGUAUUUUGAUGGGCAGCUGGAGCCGGCGCUGCAGCGCACCAAUUGCCAAAAGGGCGUGCACAAGCGUAAUAAAGUUCAUAUGAUGCGGACGCAAGUGGCGGAACGUGAGAAGAAUAAGAAACGCGAUGUACGCAAUUGGUUCAACGCCGAUUCCAGCGAUAAACAUCACGAAGAGGAACGCAUUCCAAUUGAGGUUGAGCAGCGUGGCGACAUUCCUGUGUUGCAUGGCGAUUGUGAAGACGCCCUCGCAAAAUCGCUGAGCGACCUAAUGGAAUUGGUGAAACUUUUGCGCGAAGAUAUUGCCAACCAGCGCCAGGAGAUUGCCUACCUACGUCGAUUACUCGAGAAUUGUGCCGGUUGCAAGCAGCCGAGUAGCAUCAGCAAUUUGCGCAUUGAACCAACAUGCCGCACCGCCAAUCCCUGCUAUCCAGGUGUUGAGUGCCGUGAAAUGCCCGCCGGCCUUAGAUGUGGUCGCUGCCCGAUGGGUCUCGUAGGCGAUGGCAAGAUCUGUAAGCCGGGCCUCACUUGUGCUGAUCGACCUUGUUUCAUUGGCGUACAGUGUCGUGACACGCUAAAUGGUGCCCAGUGCGAUUCUUGCCCAAUUGGAUACGAUGGUGAUGGUCGUUCGUGCACAAUACGUUCAGCCAAUCUCAUAGUGCCCUCCCACAACGUUCAACACUACCAACGCCAAUACACCGCACGCAAAUACUCUGUAAUUAGCUCCUGAAGGCAAUCGAACGAAAACUAUAUGAAGUCAGCACUUAGCAGCUCACGCAUACAUACAAAUGCGUAAUAGUGUGUAUGUGUGUGUAUUAAUUUUAGUCAUUUAUGAUCAAUAAUUGCAAUAUCACUUGCCUUAACCUAAAUAUUUAUACUUUUGUUCAAGUAUUAUUAAAUCCAAAAAGCGUAAAAUGUUAAUGCAAUAUUUUCUUUGUACAAUUUUAAAAAACCUCUAACCAGUUAACUAAAUUGCGAAACUGUAAACUAAAAAUAAAUGCGA